AUGACUCCUGAAGACUAUCAGGUAAUACAUUCAUCUUACUUGUACAAGAAGACCAGAUUAAAAUGGCAGAAGAUAUGGGUGGUUCUCAGGAACUGUCAGUUGAGUUACUAUAAAGAUGAAAAGGAAGCUAAGCCUUUAAAGGUGAUAAAUCAGAUGGAUCUUCAGACAUUCAAUGUCACUGAUAGGUUGAAUGUGUAUACCACCAAGAAGACGUUGCAUUUCAAGGAUGUGGAUCAAACCUGGAUAGAUAGUUGGCAGAAGUUUUUCAAUUACAAACAACAGACAGAGGUAGAACAAUUGAAUACCGAACAUAUUACAUGUGCAACUGAUCCGGCUAAAGGAACUUGCAGGCCAUUGAACCUUUCAGGAGAAUAUCUCAUUCAAACAGGUCUGCUUCAUAAGAAAAUCCACAAAACCAAUAAUUGGAAGAAACUUGACAUAGUGCUUACUAAUCGGAACCUCUAUUUGUUCCACCAUAAAUCAGAAAAGAUCUAUCGAAACAUCAGCACCAAAGAUAUCAAGGAUGUGAUAGAAUUCGACCGGAAAAAAUGGUGUUUGGUGGUAAUAACUGAAUUGUGUAACUUUAAAUUUGCUGCCAAAGACGAAGCUUUGUUAAUAAAUUGGCUUUCGGCCAUUAAAACUGUAGUUGCCGUUCAUAGUGUGUAA